CGGCGUCGUGAACGCGCUGCACGCCCCGGACGCGUUUACUGACAGUCAGCUGUGCGAUCCGUGUCUGUCUACCUGCCUUGUACAAAAUUUACCGUUCUGAUCUUUUUUUUUUUUAGGGGGGGUCUUCUGAUAUUACAUAUAAAAUCGUAUGUUUUAAUCUAGCGGAUUACCAUAACACUCCAGGAAAAUGAACCCGCUGUGUAGCAGAUGUAACCGAGUCGUGUACCCGACGGAAAAAGUGAAUUGUCUGGAUAAGUAUUGGCACAAAGGAUGUUUCAGCUGCGAGAUCUGCAAGAUGACUCUGAACAUGAAGAACUACAAAGGCUUCGAGAAGAGACCAUACUGCAACGCACAUUAUCCCAAGACGACGUUCACCAGCGUGGCGGACACCCCGGAGAACCUUCGCCUCAAACAGCAGAGCAAGAUGCAGAGCCAGGUGCUGUACAAGGAGGAGUUUGAGAAGAACAAGGGCAAGGGUUUCAGUGUGGUGGCCGACACGCCGGAAUUGCAGCGGAUCAAGAAGACGCAGGACCAGAUCAGCAACAUUAAGUACCAUGAGGAGUUUGAGAAGAGCCGAAUGGGGGGAGAGGCUGUUCCUGCACAGCCACACAACCCACCUUCAGGUUUUCAUCAGCAACCUGCCGCCUCUCAAAAUUACAACUACGAACCUGAGCCCACACGUCCAGCAGCCGCAGCACCGCCCCCUAGUGCCGGGAAGCGAUACCGGGCUGUGUACGACUACAUGGCAGCUGACGAGGAUGAGGUGUCCUUCCAGGACGGCGACCUGAUUGUGGACGUGCAGCAGAUCGACGAGGGCUGGAUGUACGGGCGUGUGGAGCGUACGGGCCAACAAGGGAUGCUGCCCGCCAACUACGUGGAGCCUUUCUGAAGGGGGGUGGGGACUGGGGUAUCAUAACCUGGGGGGGUGGAGGGAGGGAGAAUGAGAACCAGAGCCCAGUGCCAUCCAGUUUUAAUGCACUUUCCCUCUUUUUUUGUUUUUUUCUGUUCUUUUUGCACCCCUACCCCCUCUGAAUCUGCCCCGCGUCUCACUGCAGGGGGCACUCAUUAUCUUUUCCCUUCUGUGUGUGUAGUUCCCCACAUCCACGCUCAGCUAAGGUGCAGCUGAUAAGUGGCACUUAAGUCUUAACCCAAUGUGUGUACGCCCCAGAGGUCACAUGUCUUAAACCCCGCCCCACAGAGAGCUUCAGGCAGCCAAUCACAGUUGUCUGAACGCAACUGGGACCAUCCUGCCUGGACCUUUGCUGUGUGCCAUGCUGUUUGCGGUUUGUUUGUAAGCACUCUUGAGUUCUUGCGUCACCACAUAACUGGAAUCGGGAGAAAAUUUAUCGUGGUAAAAUCGUAGUGAGCACUGCUAGCAUAGCGUAGCGCUCCAUCUUGGCCAUGCCUACUACCUACCUCUCUCAGAGGGGUUUGAUCACCUGGCCAUAUCAAAGGAGGCAGGGGACGUUGCCUGUCACUCAUCCUGACCAACAAUCAUACCCCCCCACCUAUUUGUGGUGUCAUCUUUUUGAAGCAGAAGUCACAGUUAGUCGGAAAUUAAAUGUUGCCAAGACACUUAAUUGCAAACAACAGGCCUGAAUGCCUUCACAUCUAAAUGAAUAAUACUUUCCUCUCAUCCUGGCCCUGGUGGGACAAGGCUGGUUAAGUCCCUACCAACGACUCACAGAAAGGUGCCCAAAUCACAGAGGUGUUAAGGAUUAAGGGAGAAGCAAAGCACAGUUUCCGAAAAGGUCAAUUCCAGCCACUUUUGUCAUUCCACUCCAUCUUUUUCAAAUAUCACAUUCCAAUCUGUAAUCUUCAGAAAUGUGCUGGAGAUGAAAUCCUGAAGAUGUAAUCUCAUGUAAUUCGAAUGUCUUUGGUUUUGUCACUAAUCUUUUGUGCGUGUGUGCCUGUUUCUGUAUCAUUUUCAUAUCUCUGCAUCUCAAUUUUUAAACGAGACCGCAGUAAGCUGCACACACAGAAAUACAAAUUCUUAAUCGGGUUGAAGCGUUGUAUUAUCAACCGGAUGAAACCUCAUUGUGCAGGGAUUGUUGGAGACCCGCAUGUUUGUUUACGCCUAUCAACUCUCCAAAAUCGACCGUAAAUUAAUAUCAUUCCGCGUUGGGCAAUCGCGCACUCAUAUCUUAAGGGGAGACCUCCCUCUGACGAUGAGUAUAUCAUUACGCAAACCAGAUGCUUAGCGCAUCCUUUUAUAGGCAACCUGCACAGCUGAGGGUCAUUUUAAAACCUAGGUGUACACUUGCGAGCUUCAUAAAUGAACCUUUUUGCGCCCCCAAUCCGGCUGCCUCUGCUUGCUACGCCGAAGCGGUUUUUUCUUAUGUAUUAACGAGCGCUGUUUCUGCGACCCUGCGUAUAAAAUCCUGAGCGCUACGGCAAUAAAGAUCGUCAGCCAUGGUUUGUCGUGCACCCAUUCUCCUACAUGUCCUUUCCAUCUUUACUGCUUCUCUUCUCUGCUCCCUCCCAAAUAUUUUUUUUUUGUGAUGCACUGUGACUGCCACAGAGGGAGAUGAAAUUAAAAAAGAAAACGAAGACAAUAUUUUAGGAGUAGGAAAUAAUGCUUUAAUAUGUAGCUGAAAGAUAUUUGCAAAUUUCUAUAUCUAUUUAAAAUGGGAAAAAGCUAUGAUAGCGAGGGAUUAGGUAAAGUGCGUAAACGUCAAGGCUUUGAAAUUGUUUUACAGUUAAUUUGUUGGCAUUUUGGCUGCGGAAAUUAGGGCUAAGGGUUUAGUAAUUUUACACACUAGUAGAUACUGAUGUGUCAUCGCGGAAUAGGCAAAAAGGGGCUCGUCUGGAAUAUGAACAGAGUGAUUUCUCAAUCGAACCAGCGGAAUAAGUGACAUUUGGGGUGGCGGAUGUCUGGCGUUACUGUGUGUUUCAAAACGAGAUACUGUUCACACGACACACCUCAAACGGCACUGCUGAACAAAAGGGCACCUGUCAUUAUUAAUUAUCUGUCUCAUUAACCGGUAACUGGACAUCUUAAAAUGUUUGGGUGACUGUACACGUACAGUUGCAGUCGUAUACAAUCGGUGCUAACAGUGAUUUGCUAGAUAACAUGGAGAGAGAGAACCGGUACUCUUUCCUUUGUCCAGCCUUUUGUUUGUCCCUGGGUUGAUUUUUUUUUCUUUCCUGCCAGACUGAACUUUUCCGGACCAUCCUUGUUGCUUAUUAAAGGCGUUGAUUCCCUGUCUAAAACAAUCUCUCACACACACACCCCAGUCCAUGGAGACGACCCCCACAACUCACAAUUGCUGAAACCUCAACCUAAAUCCCCAGCUUUCAUCAAAUAAAUCCUGCAUCCUUGUUUUCCCUGUGCAUAAAUAUUUUGCUUUAUGUCCAUACUCGGAUAUCAGACAUACUUAAUGCAUACAUUCCAACUUGUUUUUUAAACGUGUAUUAUAUCAACUGCACACAUAUUUAAGAAUCAGCAGCUCUCGUUGUCCUUUAUCGUUGCCCUGUCAUAGCUUUUAAAAUUGUUCUGAAGUCAAAUUGAUUCUCCAGAUUCAAUAAAAUAUUUUUGCCCAAUAA